UGCUUGUCACCUACUCAUUUCCCUCUACUUUCAACUCCCCCAAUCCCUUCCUUCACUUCUUCUCCACUUUUCUAAACAGAGAGAGAAACCAAACAAAAAAAAAAUUGAAGAGAUUUGCUCUGUUUUCUUUUUUGCUUUCUUCUUCUUCUUCUUCUUCUUCUUCUUCUUCUUCUUCUUCUGCUUCCUCUGUUUCUGUAAAAAUGGAAGAGAGGCAUAAAUGCAGGCUCUGCUCUCGAAGCUUCACCAAUGGCAGAGCAUUAGGUGGUCACAUGAAAGCCCAUUUAGCCACUUUCUCCAUUGAACACGAAAAUCUCAACAAAACCUUCAAAUCACCAGAUCCAGAAAUGCCACUCUCUGUUAAUGGCUCUGUCUCCAUUGUCCAAGACAGAGAGAGCGAGACCGAGUCUAAGAACCCAACUCGGAGGCGCUCUAAACGGACUCGGCGAUUCAACACCGAGUCGUUACCGUCGCCGUCGCCGGAGCCAGCUAGUUCCAUCUCCGAUACAUCUCCAGAGGAAGACGUCGCCAUCUGUCUAGUGAUGCUUUCGAUGGAAAAGCCUUCAUCCAGCAAUGGCGUAAUCGGGAAGGGGAAGGAUCAGAGUCGGACGCCGGAAUCGGAGAAAUUAACGGCGGCGGUGGCGAAGAGUUUCCGAUGUGGGAAAUGCAGGAAAUCUUUCCGAUCGAACAGAGCUCUGUUUGGACAUAGGAAAGUUUGCAGAAAGGAAGGGGAAGAAGAAGAUGAAGAAGAUGAAGAAGGGAUUAAUGGAGGUAAUUGGAAGAUCUUUAAAUGUCCUUAUUGUUGUAAAGUGUUUGGGUCUGGACAAGCUUUAGGAGGACAUAAAAGGUCCCAUCUACAGGGUUCUAUCAGAACCGCCAUUGAUGGGAGUUCUAGCAAGCUUGAGAUUGGCUUGGAUCUCAAUUUGCCAGCUCCACUGGAAGAAGAUGAUUACAGUGUAGUUUCUGAUGUAUAAUCAUUAUUUUUUUUUUC